AUGUGUCCGGCCCUCACCUUGUGGCUGCUGGCCGCAGCCUGCAGUGUAGCACCCACACUAGGGGGCGACGACCGUGUUCUGGGGGGCGAGCCGGCGGACAUCUCGCAGUUCCCCUGGCAGGUCUCCGUGGAGUAUGUGGAGGCGCACCGCUGCGGCGCCUCCAUCGUCAGCGCCAACUGGGUGAUGACGGCUGCGUGGUGCAUCUGGGGCACCGAACCGAUUUAUUACGUGCUGCGGGUCGGUACAUCUAUACGCGAGAGUGGCGGCGCCACAUACACGGUGUCCGAUUUGUUCUGGCACGAAGAUUUCGAUUAUGUUUUGACAGAUAGAGACAUUGGUUUCUUCGAGAUCUCUGGCUCCAUCUCGUUUGACGACAACGUUCAGGCUGUGGCUCUGGCUACUGAGGAGCUCGAGGCCGGCACCACCGUCACGGUGAGCGGCUGGGGUAGCCUUCAACCUGGGGUGGACUACCCGGAGCAGCUGCACGCCGUCAACACGACUAUCAUCGACCGUUCCUCCUGCAACGACACCUACGAAGGAAUAGUCACAGAGAACAUGAUUUGCGCUGGUGAGCCAGAAGGCGGCAAAGACGCUUGCAAUGGUGACAAAGGUGGUCCCCUGGUUGCGAACUCCACGCAAUACGGAAUCGUCUCGUGGGGCUAUGGCUGUUUUUACCCACCAUACCCAGGAGUGUACACCAACAUCGUUUCCCUGCGCUCUUGGAUUAACGAAACAAUUGGUGUCUAA